AUGUCCUACGACCUCUCCGAGCUCCCUCCCCUCCCCAGGGCCAGGAGCUGGUCGUUCUACAUCGUUCUACUCGCCGCAGUUGUCCCUCUCUGGUCUGCUAUUCCUCUCGCCUGGCUUUACACCCUCUACUCUAUCUACGAUUCCAAAUGGCUCGCCUACGGACCCUCCAGACAUCUUUUGCUGCUUACAAUUUUCAGUCUCUACCACUACCACCUUGCUCGUCGCGUAUCCGGUCCGUCUCCUUAUGGUCCGGGUGACCCUGACGAGAUACAGGUCGCCUAUACUCGCUUGCUGAAGGCUGGACUGGCUAACCUACCCGAGGACGGCGGCGACAUAGAAACCCUCCUCAUAAAAAGACCUGGCAGUCCUGCAGAGACAAUCACUCAGUUGGAAAGACACGACCCUCGCGCCAUCGAUUUUCGACACUGUCUGAGAACAUGGUUUUGCAAGGUUCCAUGGUCCUCCAUCAAACUCUUAGACAUACAAAAAUGGCUAUUUUGGGCAAUGUAUAACUCGGAUCUCCCUUCUCGGGAUUCUAUCUCGGCCACCCAGCGAAUAGCUAUAGACGAGGCCGUAGCAUUGUUGCAAAAGCGCGCUGGAAGCAAAUUUGAAGAGGGCUUCAAUUCAACUAUCACACCCAUGCGACUAACAAUCGACAAGAUAAAUAUCUUGUGGAGACCUCUAACAUUCUAUGUCAUUGUCACCUUUGUUAACUCUGUUAUACGGGCAUUGUACACAAGAUCGUGGGGGUUUACUCAUGGUCAUUCCAACGGUCUCGAAUAUCUAUUGCGAACUCCUGAAAAUUGGGACCAAAAGUCUUCUCCCCGUCCUGUUGUAUUUAUUCAUGGUCUUGGAUUAGGCCUAUUGCAAUACCACGAUUUUUUCGCGCAGUUGGUAGAACUGUUUCCCGACCGACCCAUACUCAUCCCCAUCCAACCUCAAAUUAGCCAAUCAUUCUUUCACUCAGACUUUCUCCUUCCACCAAGCCGACAUCAAAUGGCUGACCGCCUGGCAAACUUGCUUCAGAAUCUGGACUGGGUCGAUCUUGACGACAAUAUUGAAGAAAAAUAUCAAGGCUACAAUGAAAGGGCUUCAUCGCCCUUGCGCAUUCCUAAAGCUAAAAGAGGAGUGACUUUAAUUAGUCAUUCCAACGGCUCCUACGCACAUGCGUGGGUAUUGAAAGGACAUCCUGACAUAGUUGCGCGAUCCUGUUUCGUCGAUCCCGUUACCUUCUGCUCUUGGGAAGGAGAUGUUUGUUAUAACUUUUUCUACCGCCCAUGCAUGACUGGCAUGGAAUUACUUAUGCGAUACUUUGUUGGGACUGAAAUCGGUGUUGUCAAUUUACUGCAACGCCACUUUUGUUGGACGUCAAACUCCCUGUGGUUUGAAGAAAUUCCCAAUCCAACCGAUUUGCAUAAAACGUUAUUCCUUCUUGGAGGGAAGGACGAUAUCGUCCAUUCUGAACGCGUCAAGAAAUAUCUUACCUCCCAUGGUGCAGGCGACAACCUAUGGUACGAUCCAGAAGGAAGACACGGACAAGCUCUUAUGCGAGGAAGCGCAGGUCUCAAAGAGCUUUUCCGGUGGUUAUCUGAAGACGAAAAUGAACAGCCCGACGAUGAGUCUGAUACGAAUUAA